UCAACACCUAAUUAUCGUAGCAAAUUGAAGAGCUCCAAAGUGGUCUAGAUCUGUUGAUUUUAACGAUCUAUGGAAACAAGUCCCUUCAUCUUCAUCAUCAUCUGAAAACUCCAACGCAUCUGCAUUUGUUGAUCAUAAGUGCAAACAAGUGCCCUCAUGACCGGAUUGACUCCCAUGAAACUGCUUCUUGCUACAGAUCAUGUCCAAUAUUCGUGCAAGUUCGAGUCUUGAAACGUAGGAUUGCAAGUUGUGACUAUUUCUGAGUCUCAACGGGUCAAGCUUCCAAAUUUCCAAGGAACUACGUCUUUGACUGUUGAUCUUCCCUUCGUUGAGUCUGUAUUUGUUGAUCACAAGCAGAGUUAGAUUUGAACUUCCGUUUCUGCACCUCAAUAUUGCUCAAGAACGUUUCGCUAUUUCUUUGAUUUCUUGGAGUGCCCUUCACUCUUAAAAUGGCACUGGGAGAGGUUUUUCUUGCGGCGUUUCUAAAGGUGCUGCUCAACAGGUUGACCUCCCACGAGAUUCUCAACUACCUUGAAAACUUCCGGGGCGUCACAAAGAAGCUGGACAAGUGGAGGGCCGUGUUAACUGCAAUAGGAGGGGUGCUCAGCGACGCCGAGGAAAAACAACUCACUGAGGAUGCUGUAAAACUGUGGCUCGAUGAUCUCAGAGAUCUGGCUUAUGAUGUCGAAGACAUGUUGGACAAAUUUGCCACCCAAAUGUUGAAGUGCAUGAUAGAGGGACGUGAUCAAGCCUGCACAAGCAACAAGGUGCGGAACUCACUUUUCAAAAUUAAAUUCAAUUGGGAUAUGAACUCCGAAAUGAAGAAGAUUACGGAGCGGUUGCAAGACAUAUCUGAACGGAAGGAUAAGUUUGGCUUGAAAGAUAUUGGGACGUCUGCUAAGGAAUCACGAAGUCUACCAAGUUCUGGCGUGUUAGAUGAAAAGCUUCUUGUUGGAAGAGAUGGUGACAAGGGGAGGAUUAUUGAAUUGUUGUCAAGAAAAUACGAGCAUGCAGGUGCUGUCAAUUUUGGUAUAGUUGCUAUAGUUGGCAUGGCCGGAGUUGGGAAGACGACACUUGCUCAACUUGUAUUCAACAACGAAGAUGAUGCCAUGAAGGAGUUUGAGCUCAAGGUCUGGAUAUCAGUGUCCGAUGACUUCGAUGUGGUGCGAGUGACAAAGGCAAUUCUUGAAUCCAUCACAUCCCGACCUGUUCAAAUGGAGGAGUUUAGUAAAAUUCAGCAUGAUUUGAGUGAGCAAUUAAGAGGAAAAAAGUUUUUAAUCGUGUUAGAUGAUAUCUGGAACAAAGGCGACUAUGAUCUACACGAUCUCUGGACAAGACUUCGAUCCCCUUUUGGCGUCGGAGCAGGAGGAAGCAAGAUAAUUGUGACAACCCGUGAUGUGAAUGUUGCAAAGAUUAUGGGAGCCACUGAAGUUCAUAAUUUGGAAUGUAUGGCAGAUGAUGAUUGUUUGGAAAUAUUUGAGCGACAUGCAUUCCUAGAAGCUAAUAGUGGAAAACCAGUAAAUUAUGAGUUAAUUCGGACAAAAAUUGUUGAAAAAUGUUGUGGCUUACCACUAGCUGCGAGGACACUCGGUGGUCUUUUACGUUGCAAAGAAACAGAUGAGUGGGGAGAAAUAUUGGACAACAAACUAUGGAAUCUCGCAGAUAACAGUAGCCUUCUCCCCGUACUAAAGUUGAGCUAUCACUAUCUUCCAUCACAUUUGAAGAGGUGUUUUGCCUAUUGCUCAAUACUUCCAAAUGACUAUGAAUUUGGGGAGAAGCAGCUCGUCCUUUUGUGGAUGGCAGAGGGUUUGAUUCAACAAAAACAUGACGACAAUAAACAAAUGGAGGAUUUGGGCCGCGACUACUUUCGAGAGCUAUUAGCAAGGUCGCUGUUUCAAGAAUCAAGCAAAAACAAUUCACGAUAUGUAAUGCAUGACCUCGUUAAUGAUUUAGCACGAUGGGCAGCAGGUGAAAUAUGUUUUAGAUUGGAAGAUAAGCAAGGUGAUAACUUGCAAAGCACUUGCUUUCGAAAGGCUCGCCAUUCGUCUUUCAUUGCUGGUCAAUUUGAUGGAGUUAUGAGAUUUGAGGACUUUCCAAAAGCUGAACGUUUGCGAACAUUCCUGCCACUUUCACUUUCAGAUUCCUGGGGAUGGAACAAAAAUUUGUCUCGUAAGGUUACUUUUGAGUUAUUACCAGAGUUGCAAUACUUACGAGUGCUCUCUUUCAAUGGCUACAAAAUAACUGAGCUGCCAAAGUCAAUCGGUGAUUUGAGGUUGUUACAGUAUCUUGACCUAUCCUACACAUUGAUAUCUAGUUUGCCCAAAUCAAUAAGCACUCUUUACUACUUGCAAACAUUGAUAUUGGAACGUUGUUAUAAAUUGAAGUCAUUGCCUGCGGACUUGAGCAAUCUAAUUAAGUUGCGCCAUCUCAACAACUCAGGUGCAUCUUCGUUGGAAGGAAUGCCUUCCCAACUAGGUCGAUUGACGAAUCUACAAUCACUGCCUCUUUUUGUGGCGAACGAAGGUAAUGAUCAGUCAGGGAUAAGAGAGAUAGGGCCCCUAUUGCAUCUCCAAGGGACAUUGUGCCUCUCAAAAUUGGAGAAUGUGACUGAUGUUGAGGAUGCCAGGAGGGCCAACUUGAAAUGCAAGGAUAGGCUUGAUUCGUUGGUCCUAAAAUGGUCUUAUUUAAGCGACACAGAAGAAACUGAAUCCGCUGUGCUUGACAUGUUACAGCCUCAUACAAAUCUCAAGGAGCUCACCAUCAAGAGUUAUACCGGAGAGGAAUUUUCAUCAUGGGUUGGAGGUCCUUUGUUCUCUAAUAUGGUGAUUGUGCGCUUAGAGGAAUGUAACAAUUGUUUAUCGUUGCCACCUCUCGGACAAUUGCCUCAUCUCAAAGAGCUUUAUAUUAGAGGAAUGAAUGCAGUGGAAAGUGUUGGUGCUGAGUUUUAUGGCGAGUGUGUCUUGGCUUUUCCGCUGUUAGAGAUUCUUGAGUUUGUGGAUAUGCACCAUUGGAAGGUGUGGCUUCCUUUCCAACUGGAUCACGGAAGUGGUGUUUUCCCUUGCCUGAAAAGGCUUUCAAUAAUAAAAUGUUCUAAGUUGGAAGGUAACCUGCCAGAGAACCUCGAUUUGUUGGCCAAACUUGAAAUUGUUAAAUGUGAGGAAUUGGUGGUUUCGAUUGCCAACUACAAACAACUUUGUCAAAUAAACAUUGACGGUUGCAAAGUGUUGACACAUACAGAUGCUAAGGUUGAGUUUGAGUUAUUAGAGUCCUUGUGCCUUUCAAACAUUUCGGAGGUGAAGUCUCUGGAAACAGGGGAAUUGUUCAGGAAGGGAUUAAAGAAGGUUAGAGAUUUGAAGAUCAAUGGAUGUGAGAAGCUGACGUCAUCAUGGAAGAAUGAGGGUAGAUUAUUACAGCGGUUGACUAGUCUUGGCCGUUUGGAAAUUGAAGACAACUCUCGUCUAGUUGAAGAAUUAGGAGAAGAAGCAGAGGAUUUGCUGCAAUUGCAAAUAUUGGAGUGCAAGCUUGAAUUUCUGCGGUUAAAAAAGUGCGAAAAUCUUUUGAAGCUACCAAAAGGGUUAAAUCAGUUGUCGUCUCUUCAAGAGCUUCGCAUAUACGAAUGUUCAUCUCUAGUUUCUUUUCCAGAUGUUGGUCUGCCACCUUCUCUUAAAGACAUCGACAUUAGAGAGUGCCAUUCGUUGAUAUAUUUUGCAAAAUUCCAUAUUCCCCAAAAUCUCAGAAGAAUAUUUAUAGAAAAUUGCAAAAGUUUGAAAUCACUAGUAGAUGAGGAGGAAUGUGAACGACUGGGUUUAAUAGCACCGAACGGGUUCUUCAGCGACAACACCAAUCACUGCCUUGAAUAUAUUGUUAUCUGGAAUUGCCAAAAUCUGAAAUCCUUACCGGAUGGCUUAUGCCACCUCAGCAAUCUUCAAACUCUAAUUAUUAGGUGCUGUGGAAGUCUUGUUUCCAUCCCGAGACUGAGUGGGGGGAGAAGACCCUCCAACCUGAGAAAGAUGGAGAUCUCCAAAUGCGAGAAAUUGGAGGCGUUGCCCGAAGACCUGCACAAUCUCAACUCUCUUGAGGCAUUGAGGAUCGACUACUGUGAAGGUUUGACUUUUCCUCCCAACCUAACAUAUCUUGUAAUUUGGAAGGUCAAGAGCUGUAAGUCAUUGUGGGAGUUGGAAUUGUGGGGGUUGCACAGACUCACCUCUCUUGAAAUCGAUGGUGAAGAAGACCCGGAUACGGUGUCGUUUCCACCCGACAUGGUACGGAUGGAGACGCUCUUCCCCAAAUCUCUCACUCUACUCAGAAUAAUUGGCUUCCCGAAUCUGAAGAAACUGAGCAGCAAGGGCUUUCAAUUCCUCACCUCCCUUCAAUCUCUGGAUCUCUGGAAUUGUCCAAAGCUAGCAUCCAUUCCAGAGGAGGGUCUGCCUCCUUCACUUACGCAACUUUGGAUCGAUGGGUGUCCAGUGCUAGAAGAGAGAUGCCAACCAGGAAAAGGACGCUACUGGCACAAAAUAUCCCACAUCCCUUGCAUAGGGAUAGAUGGCAGGCAGAUAUGAAGCUGAUGGUCCAGGUAUCAUUUUCUCGAGGAAUGUUUUAAUAUUAAUAUUAUUAUUAUUAUUAAUAAUCAUGUUUAUUCUUGUAAAGUAAAGUAAUCCACAAUAUUUGGUUUGGGUCAAGGUUUUGGGGGUUGAGGAGUCGCUGCUUUGGGAGGCCUUCAAUUGGCGACAACUUGGAUAUUUCUCGGCCAACGUUUAUUCUCAUGGAUUCCUAUAUUUGCUUUUUUUCUUUUUCUUUUUUCUUUUUUUUUUUUUUUUUUGGGUAAACAAUUGCUAUGUUUGCUUGGUCCCUUUUGACUGAUUUGUAUUAUAACUUUAUAAAUGUGCUACCUUUUCUCCUAAGUAUGGAGUUUUUCCCAUUCAGUUUUUUCCCAGCAAGAUUUUAACCAGGCCACUUAAACCUGAUCUUUUAUUUUAUUUUAGCAAAUUUUGACUUAUGAGCUAGUAUUGCAUUUUAUUUAAUGCAUCGAGAAUAAGCAAUCAAUAAAGAAAUGGAAAUGCAAGGGGCUCGUUGUUGAAGUUGUGUUGUCUCUAGUCUUUAAAUGAUGAUUAGAUUCUCAAAAAGUUGCGUUAGUUUCGGUAUACUGACUUGACCACUUUUUGACGUGGGAAUUAGUUUCCCGAUGUGGAAUGAUGACCGCUAAAUGACUUCCUUUACUACGUCUUGUCUUCCUGAAAGUAGAAAAUAUGUGCCAACGAAUUUUGGUAAAUCAAAUCGUUAUACCAAGCUUUCGUCACUUA